GUGGGCGGGGUCCCGCGGGGCUGCGAACCUCGGCCGGGAGUUGUGCUUGUGGCCCGGCCGUGGCGCGAUGAGCGGGGCCGGGUCGGCGGGCACGGCCCGGGGGCUGCGCGUGGACGGGCUUCCGCCGCUGCCCAAGAGUCUGAGCGGCCUGCUGCACUCGGCGGCGGGCGGCGGCGCGACGGGCGGCUGGCGGCACCUGGAGCGGCUGUACGCGCAGAAGUCGCGCAUCCAGGACGAGCUGAGCCGCGGGGGCGUGGGUGGCGGCGGGGCGUGGGCAGCGAGGCUGCGCGCGAAGCCCCCCAACCUGGACGCCGCGCUGGCGCUGCUGCGCAAGGAAAUGGUUGGCCUCCGACAGUUGGACAUGUCCUUGCUGUGCCAACUGUACAGCCUCUAUGAGUCCAUUCAGGAGUACAAGGGAGCAUGCCAGGCAGCCUCCAGCCCGGACUGCACUUAUGCACUGGAGAAUGGCUUCUUUGAUGAGGAAGAGGAUUUCCGAGAGCAGGGCUCUCUCCGAGAAGACCAAGGCCAAGGCCCUCCUCCAGACUCAUCACUGCCCAUCACCCACCUCUCUGGCAGCAACUGGAUUCUGGAGUCCACCUAGGGCCUUGGGAGGAGUCCUUCAACACAGACACACUGGCAGGGCAGCAUCUGUGUCUCCUCCAUCAUGCACAGUCUAUAGGCAUGUGGGGACAGGUGCCACUAGUUUAACUUGAUAUGGAGUUUGCUGACACUUGAGACGGCUUGCUGAGAUGGCUGCGGGAUCUGUUAGGUAACCUAGAGGUCCUUUAGGAACUCUGUGACACCCCACUAGGCGCAUCUGCUGGAGACUGUGAUGGGACAUGGAUGCCUUCAUGGGCAUCUUGGGUGAGGUGGCUCUCAGCUUCCUUCCAGGCAGCAGGUCCCUUUGGUUUAGGUUUCCUGUUCCUGGUGUGUGAAACAUGAAAACCACCAUUCCUCUGCUCCCGAAUCCUCAAGGCAUCCUGCAUGUUUUUUUCUUGCCAUUAAUGAGCUUUUAGUCUAUUUGCUCAGAUCUAUUUAUUUGUAAGUUAAUCACAAUUUUUCAGGUCACUCCUGAGAGCUUUCUACUGGAGUAUUUCUGCCACACCAGUCAAACGCUUUCCUGCAGUCCACCAAACCUACAU